CGAAAGUAGCAAAAAGCGUCAUCUGAGAUCUGUGGGUGUAGUCAGAACGAGGAAAAGAGAGGCCUAGUCUAUACAUGCUUCUUGAUGUGUGACACGUUUGGAAUGUGACACUAUCAUUUCUUCUCCCUGGUCAAUUGCUUCACCUCCUCCGCCGCUCUAUCUACCACCAAGAAGUCACCCUCUUCUUGGAUCUAUCACACACACAGCGACAACGCCAUAUCCACUCACAGGCAUAUAUACAGAGAUACUCGAGAUAGAUCAUGGUCCCAAGCAAGUACCGAAGAACAUCGCUCAUACCUUAAUCGCGGAAAUCGAUUGCGAACAUGCGGUUGCUCAAUGUUCACACAUUUGAGUUUCGAACCUUCCUCGGCGAUGACGUCCCAAACUACUCUAUUGCAUCACAUAGGUGGAUUCACGAUGAGGCAUCCAUCAAGGAUAUCAUAAAGAAGAGGAAUAUCGAGAGUGGAGGAUAUCAAAAAGUUGAGGGCUUUUGCUCAUACGUCAAACAGGCCAAUUCGCUCUACAAAGACUCCCACCCGGAUUUAUGCUGUGAUUAUCUCUGGAUUGAUACGUGCUGUAUCGAUCAGAAGAGCAGUCUGGAGGUCGACACGGCGAUUCGGUCCAUGUUCCAGUGGUACAACAAGUCGGUCAUCUGUUAUGCAUACCUUGCAGAUGUGGAACCUCUUUCGGUGGGCAACGAUCGCGUCGAGGCGAGCUUCCGGGAGAGUGUCUGGUUCAGUCGUGGAUGGACUCUACAGGAACUAUUGGCGCCGCGGACAGUGGUCUUCUUGACCAAGAAUUGGGAAGUUAUCGGACACAAAUGUACAAGCAGUGCCAUCACAGAUGGUGGACAAUGUCCGGGCGUGGGUCAUCGACUGAAUGGGAUAAUCUCCGAAAUCACUGGUAUCCCGGAACUAGUUCUCUACGAUUACCCGCGUAGUAAAGAGCUCAGUAUCGAGGAGAGAAUGAGCUGGUCGGCUCAACGAAAGACGACUCGUCAGGAAGACAUGGUUUAUUGUCUACUUGGGAUCUUCGAAAUUCACAUGCCGGUCAUGUAUGGUGAAGGUGAAUUUGCGCAAAUCCGCCUGAGGAAUGAGAUUGAAAAGAAGACCGAAGCUUGGGAGAAAGGACAGAAAGCGGGCGGCUCACGGAGAUUUACCUGCACCAAUCGAAGACACUGGUUCUGA